UUGAUAGUUGCAAUUAACACAUUUUUAUCCCUUUUUUCUAUGGCUACUCAAGAGGUCACAAACUUGCACUAUGGUGGCAUGAUCUUAGGCAUUGCAUUUAACCACUGUUUUUGUGAUGGGACAGGGGCUUCACAAUUCUUACAUGCAUGGGCCCACCUAUGUCAGUCUACUUAUGGUUUACUCAUACCAAUGUCGUAUCACGACCGCCACUUGUUAAAACCUCAUAGUCCGCCACAUGUAGCUUUCGACCAUCCGGGAUUCGCUAGAAUCGCUCAUGAGAAUUUGGCUUUUCAAACCUGCCCCAACAUUUUCAAGUAUUUGCAGUCUCAACCGCUACCGCUAAAUAAGAUUUCUCCCGAUAUCCCGGAAGGGUAUUAUGGGAAUGCGAUUGUCAUGGCAUGCGCAAAGAUCGAGGUUAAUGAACUGGUCGGGCCCAACUUGCACGACGACCUAUCGACGACCAUGGUCAUAUCACAGUGGUCGAAAUUGGGCCUUGAGGAGCUUGACUUUGGACAUGGAAAGCCUCGCCACAUGGGCCCACUAUACAGUGAUGUAUAG